UGCAACUUUGCCAACUUCACCUUGACCUGCUGAUAUUCUCCUUGCAAAACAGCCAUUGACCUUUCAAACUGGCCUGAAAAUCACUGCCUCUUGUCCAGUAGUCCCCUCCGCUCAUCAUCACCAUUCACCAUUGUUUUGGCGUCACCUCGAGUAAGAACACAAUUUCCGCCCCUCAUAGCUGGCUGGGUCUACGGGCCGAAAACGGGUCGACUCCACCGUCAACCAGCCAUCAUUUCCACAACCUGUCUCUGGCGAUCGUGCACCUCAGCUUGACAGUCCUUCGGAUAUAGGUAUACGGUACAUCUAAAUAUAUAUAUAUCGAUAUACAGAAAGUGCCAAGUGCCCAAGCACGGGAAGUACUGAGGUGGUAUCUGCGCAGAAUGUCUCUCAACCGCGUCUCUUACUUGGAGUCCUGGGAACAGAAUCCAGCUGCAUUCCGUCGCCAGCCCUAUCAAGAUGACUCUGAGGACGAGGAAAGCUACCAUGAUCUACCGGAGCCUUCUCUAUCAUCUUCAUUCCAAUCCAACAUCAGUCGCCACUCUUAUAGACAUCGACUGAAUUUCAACCCGUAUGCGGGACCAGCAUGGGGACAGGCCACUGUGGAUGAGGCUACCAGUGAGCAGAACCCACCUCUCCAAGCCGCCUCACCUAAGAUCAGUACGCUCAAUGAGGUUGACAGAGAGGGGGCAACGCCCGAGCAAUCUGUGCCAAAGUUGCAGGAGUGGACCGGUGGCCGAGAGACCACGGGAGCGUUUGAGGUAAACCAUGUCAAACGCAUUGCGCAGGUCUGCAUAGCAGUAGUAUACUGUCUACUUGCGGCGGGGAUAGUCUUCGGGUUUGCGGCCAUCAAGCCGGUCUUGAUCAGGGAGGGUGUCUAUCGGGACCGGUGUUCGCAAGAAGAGCUUGAUAACAAUUCCGACGUGUGCUACGGACAAGAGCUUCGAUUGAACUUGAUGUUCACCAUCGCUGCAGUCGCAACCAACGUCUUCGCUUUACCAGUAGGAACAAUUCUCGAUACAUACGGCCCGCGCGUCUGCGGCAUCAUUGGCAGCAUUUCUCUUUUACUGGGCUCCCUACUAUUUGGACUCUCCGACCAGCUUCCCUUUGACGGAUACAUGCCCGGAUACCUCUUCCUGUCUCUAGGUGGACCAUUUGUCUUCAUCUCAUCGUUCCACCUGUCAAACACCUUCCCGACCCGCUCGGGCCUUAUCCUAUCAACUUUGACAGGUGCAUUCGAUGCCUCCAGCGCCCUCUUCCUUAUAUUUCGGCUUCUCAACGAGAGCACAAACGGGUCAUUCAGCUCGACCAGGUUCUUCCUGAUCUAUCUCAUUGUCCCCAUUUUUAUCAUCACUGCCCAGCUCACCAUAAUGCCCACAACCUCUUAUAAGACGGCCGGCGAACUUGUGCAAGAAGCGCAUGCUCACAUCGCAGCCGAAGCCACGGACCACGUCGACAACGCCAUUCAGGACCGCAAUGAAGGCGAGCGCCAACGGAACGACCGUCGUAUGCACCGUCAGAACGUUGUCAGCCAAAUCCAAGACCUUCUCUCUUCCCCCACCCUUCAACCACAAUCCUACGACGACGCCUCCCCGCUCGAACGCCCGCUCUCCCCCGAACCCAUCCCCAUCCCCACCGCCACAGAGCCAACCACCACGCCCCAGUCCGACAAACCCCACACCGCCGGCGGCGUUUGGGGCGCCCUUCAUGGCGCCUCGGCGCUCACGCAGAUCCGCACCCCCUGGUUCAUCCUCAUCACCCUCUUCACCAUCCUGCAGAUGCUCCGCAUCAACUAUUUUGUCGCCACGAUCCGCCAGCAGUACACCUACCUCCUCCAGUCCCCAGAUCUCGCCGCGACCCUCAACUCGACCUUCGACGUCCUCCUCCCGCUGGGCGGCCUCGUCUCCGUCCCCUUCAUCGGCACCAUCCUCGACUCCGCCCGCACCCCCUCGGUGCUGCUCACCCUCGUCACCACCGCCACCCUGAUCGGCAUCCUGGGCUGCAUCCCCUCGGAGGCAGCGGGCUACGGCAACAUCGCCCUCUUCGUCCUCUACCGCCCCUUCUACUACACCGCCGUCUCCGACUACGCUGCCAAGGUCUUCGGCUUCCAGACCUUCGGCAAGGUCUACGGCCUAAUCAUCUGCCUCGCCGGCUUAGGCAACUUCGCGCAGGCCGGCCUCGACGCCCUGACCUUCACCAUCUUCGACCGCGACCCCACCCCCGUCAACGCCCUGCUGACCAUCACCACCUUCCUGGUCGGCGUGGCCCUGGUCACCUUCGUCAGCUGGCAAGCCCGCCGGAUGGCCGCUAAUCGCGGGAAGGUCGGAGCUCCCGCCGCGAAUGGCACCACGGAGGUCGCCGAGAGUGGUCUCAGCGUUCCCGGCAUCCAUGACGGCGUGGACACAAGGGACUGGGGCCGCCACCAGCAGCAGCAAGGUGAACGCGAACCGCUGCUCCGACAAGGCAAUGAUACAUCUGCUUCCUACGGGGGCACUAGACCCUGAAAACUGACGACCUUGAUGAUGAUGUUUCACUUACUACAGUUCAGAAAAGGACCAUGGACGGCUCUUUUUCAUCUAUUUUUGGCUUUUCGCCCUUCAGUUUGGCCCGGUACAUGGUCACACAGCGUACAUCUGCAGCAUUAGUUCUUCUCCCAGAGAUGUAGUUUUAGUCCAGAUUCUUAUCGCUUUGCAUUGUACAUGAUUAAAUAAAGAAUGCAACCAGCAGCAUUAUUAAAAAUCACUCGGUCAUCGAACUCCCGAGGGAUUUCAAAUUAGGUCGAUUGAAUAUAUCUAUAUGUCACAUAUCACAGUUCCACGUGGGAAAUAAAUAAAAAAAAGUAGAUUGAGAUUCUGUCACAGCGACAGGAGAGACAGUGGGGAAG